AUGCGCCGCUCGCCGUCCGGGGCGACGUUGCUCGAUUUCGACGGCGCCGCCAUCGACAAAACUCGGAAAUCUUUGAAUACUACUGCCACGACUGAGAAACACGCGACGAAAGCGUCUGAAUCGUCGUCCUCUCCGGCGCAUACCGAUGGGGAAAAACGUCCUCCGUCGUCGUCGGCAUUAAAACCUUCGACGACUCGCGUUACGAAUAACGCUGCUUCUACGACUCAGAAUGCGACGACGACCGCGAAUACUACAAACGUUGGACAACAGCAACAACAACAAGCGGCACCGUCGAUAUCGCUCCCUCGACAGCGAGGGGACGCGGUGAAACAUUUCGCGUUGGAUUUAGGCGGGAGUUUGAUUAAGCUGGUGUAUUUUAGCGCGAACAGCGAUACCAACGCGAUGAAUGGAGAGGAUGGAAGUCAGCAACAGACGAAAGAAGCGUCCUCUAAAACGACGACGGCGACGCUCGGAGGCCGAUUACACUUCCGCCGAUUCCCGUCGUCCAGUUUAAAGGAGUGUUUGGAUUUCAUCGAGCGGAAGAAGUUACACUACAGCGGCGGCUUCGGGCAACACAAAUCGGAAAUCAAAGCGACUGGUGGCGGGUCGUUCAAGCAUCAGCGGACGUUUCGAGACGCGCUCGGGAUCGAGUUGCAAAAGGAGGACGAGAUGGCGUGUGCGGUGAGAGGGGCGAAUUUUUUGUUGAAGACGAUUCGGGACGAGGCGUUUACGUUUGAGAACGAUACGAAGACGUUUGUGGAUACGAAUUUUAACGUCAACAAUUUUAACUCGACGGCGACGACGACAGGUGGUGCGAGUGGUAGUAUUAGUGGUAGUAUUAGUGGUGGUGGUGGCAUCGGCGGCGGCGGCGUGGAAAGUCAUAGUUAUAGCGCUAGUAGUAGUAAUAGUAGUAGCAACAAUUUGUUCCCGUAUUUGCUCGUGAAUAUCGGCUCUGGGGUGUCGAUUAUUAAAGUCACCGAGACUGGACACGAACGGAUAUCCGGGUCGAACAUUGGCGGUGGGACCUUUUGGGGUUUGUGUCGUUUGUUAACCGGGAUGAGAGAUUACGACGAGAUGUUAAAGUGUUCGCAAAACGCGGAUUCUGCGCGAGUGGAUAUGCUCGUCGGGGAUAUCUACGGUCGAGAUUACGCUAAAGUUGGUCUAUCCUCCGACGUUAUCGCGAGUUCGUUUGGUAGAGUCGUCAUGGAGGAAGGUGAUUUGAGCGAUUAUAGCAAAGCGGAUAUUACUUUAUCUUUGCUCAGAAUGAUUUCGUAUAACAUCGCGCAUUUGGCGACGAUGAACGCUAAAGCGCACGGUUUGCAGAGAAUAUUUUUUGGCGGGUACUUUAUUCGUGGCCACGCGUACACGAUGAAUACGAUUUCUUUCGCGGUGAACUUUUGGAGUAAAGGCGAAACGAAAGCGAUGUUUUUAAGGCACGAAGGUUUUUUAGGCGCGCUCGGAGCGUUUUUGAGCGACACGACGGCAAAAGAAAAGCUCGGGGCGGCGGAAACGAGAGGAUCGUGGAUCGAGAAGUUUAUCAAGUACUCCACGAAAGCCGCGAGCGAAGAGAACAACAACGGUAAGAGUGGAGGAGGUAAAUCGUCAUCGCCGCCACUGUCGAGUCUACGAAGAUCGAACAGUUACACGUCGUCGGGCGAGAACGUUUUAGCCGUUGCAACGGCUGCUUUACACAUAGAAACGGAUGGAAGCGGCGCUGACUCUAACGCACGCGCGUACUCUUUAGACGGCGGCGGCGCGCCGAGAGAUUCACUUUCAGGUUUAGCGAGAGAACAACCCGCGCCGAGACACAAUAGUUUCUCGCAUCAAAGUCGACAUCGACGUGGAUAUUCGAAUUUAUCGAGCCACUUGGGCGUGCGUGCGCCGCCGAACGACUUUGACGUUGGCGUUUUGCACUACGCGCCGUUGUUAGAACCGUACCCGUUGUUACAAAACCCGGAAUCGUACGUGCCGGAUACGUUUGAUUUGCAAGCAAAAACGACAAUCAGCGCCGAAGAUCGCGAGUACUGGCUGAUGGUGUUGAAAUCGCUCACCGCGGGCGUCGCGGAACGCGCGAGAGAUUCAGAACUCGAAAACCACGACGAAGAAGAGCACGAAAAAUCGAGCGCGCGCGCUUCGUUGGACGAGCACCACGCGUUCGUGAACUACGACGCGUACGAUUUCGAGUCCAACAACAACUACCGCAAGAAAACGCCCUCGGAACGCGCGGAACAGUUUCGAAACGCGUACGAUUCGUUGCUCGACCGGUUGCUCAAAGACCCGUUUGGAUGCGGCAAAAUCUCUCUUUCCUCUUUGUUCGAAGCGAGAGAAGAGUGUUUACGAGACUGUGGGUUUGCCGACGCUUACGCGGACGUAAAACAACGUGAAAACGAUGCCGCUUUAGUCGUUUUACCCGAACUCCUCGAAGAGCUCGAGCAAAUGGAAGAUGAAAGUCAACGCUUGAUUCAAAUUGUCGAAGGCGUACUCGCCGGAAACGUCUUCGAUUGGGGGUCGCAAGCGUGCGUAGAUUUGUACAACAACGGCACCAUCCUCGACAUUUACAAAGCGGCGAGAAAAAACGCGACGCGGUUGUCAUGGAAAAUUGACGGUUUCGAAGAGUUUGCAAAGAAGUUAUCCUCAAACGACGGCUACAAGAAAGCGCACAUCUUUGUCGACAACAGCGGCGCGGAUAUCGUCCUCGGCGUCCUUCCGUUUGUCGUCGAACUCUUACGACGAGGCACGGAAGUCGUUCUCGUCGCGAACGCCUUACCCGCGCUCAACGACGUCACCGCGGACGAAUUAUCCUCCUUGCUUGAUCGCGCCGCGGAAACGUGCGGUGGCAUACUCAAAUCCGCGUUAUACUUUGACGAAGAUGAAAAAGAAGAAGCGCCGAGAGAAGAAGAACGCGCGACGGCAAAACUCUCCGUCGUUUCCUCUGGUAACGGCGGUCCUUGCAUCGACCUUCGCCGCGCCAGUCGCGAACUCAUCGAAGCUUCCGAAAACGUCGACCUCGUCGUCCUCGAAGGUAUGGGUCGAGCCGUGCACACGAAUUACAACGCCGAAUUCGUUUGCGACUCGCUCAAAUUAGCCAUGAUUAAAAACGCUCGCUUAGCCGAGCGCUUGUGUCGAGGCGAAAUGUUCGAUUGCGUCGUUCGCUUCGACGACCCAAAGAAGAAGAAGGAAAUAAAGUAUAUGUAA